AUGGAUUCCACCACUGGCAUUCCGCACACAAGUACUGACACGUCCGAAAUGGACUGGAGGGACGCGUUUUGGGCCGAUCGCCGAGCACAAAUGUUCCCUCCAAGCGGAAGACGUCCUCAAUCCAUCGAUGCGUAUAACGAAGAAAUCGAGAUCGUCCGGGCCCACUUCUGGUUCUUAGCCUUAGCUCAACUGCCAGCACAACGGCCUCCAGAUAUCAUGUCACGGUCCGCCGAUCAAGCAUCUCCGGAUACUCGAACACCGCCCAAAAUGUGUCGCAAAAUCUGCAAGAAAGAAGUGAAGCUCGCGACGGAUUAUCUUCACGAUCUCGUGCACCGUCGCAAUACGCUGUCCCCAACCUGCCGUCUUCCCACGGAGCUUAUUCUUCACAUCCUAUGUUUCCUCCGCCCAGUCGUCACCACCGGCCACCAUCUCCGCAUCACGGGCACCACUCAAUCCAAGGCGCGCCCUCUGGACCCGAAUACUUCACCGAACCAGAUACGCGACGCGACGCGAAACAUCGUCGCCGCCUCUCACACCUGCAGUCGUUGGCGCGGUAUUGCCGUGGCCAAUUCCAAACUGUGGAGAACGCUAUGGCUCAACAGUAGCCAGUGGACCGACCAGAUGACCAGCUGGUCAAAGGGCACGCCAGUGUCCUGGGUCCAGUCCGACAGCUUGCCCGGCUCUCUGCUGACUAAGAAUUGCCUCCCGAUUGCCCUUCUUGAAUCUCUGAACCGGGGGCCCAGGACACAGCUUGAGCGCCUCAGCCUGGAGCUUAGGCCGUAUUCAUGGUCGGCGAAGGCUUUCUCGACCCUGAUCCAAAGCCUUCAUCGACCGGCGCUAUCGUUGAAGGUGCUCGAAAUAAACGCCAAAGGCAAAUUUGACUUUUCUGUGGCUCAGGAUGCCAUUUCAGGCGAUAUUCUGGGAGGUUACGCUCCAAAGCUGCGUACCGUCACCAUCGGAGGACCGUUUUCCCACAGACGACUGUGGACCGCGCCCGUGCUCCGGAACAUCUCCAGGUUAACGCUCGCAGUGAGCUCUGAAAACAACCCGGAGCUGGUAUCGAGCUGGCCGGAGCGUCUGCCCCUUUCCGACGUACUUUAUGCCCUCGAGAAGAUGGAGCAGCUCCAAGAACUCACCCUCGUCAUGGGUCCAUAUCCCGUUCACAUCCCCAAUCUAUCGUAUUUUGUUCCCGGAUCCAUCCCUUCCGCAGGGGUUGUCACUCUCCAUCAACUAUCGGCAAUUUCUUUGGUCGGUCACUUACGGGACGUCACAGCUGUCGCCAGACACGUUUGCCUACCUCGCGCGGCCAGUGUAUACUACGACAUCUCCUUGCGCCCAGACGACAUCGCCAACGAUCUGGAUACCAACGUGUUCUUGGUGCUUCCCGAACUGAUGCUUCCGACAAAAAAUCUGCCGCUCGCAAAGAUAGUACAGAUCUAUUGCGCUCAAGACUAUGCCUUGCACGACAUCAGCUUUUGCGUUAGAUCCUGGUCAAACAGCCGAACCACAACGAAUGAGGAAUUAAACAAGGAAAAGCCGGUGUUUUCGGUUAUGGUCUCCUUCCCGUCCCGCGGUGGUAAACGUCUCGAUCGGAAGACAACUACUACUGCUCUCCUUACGCUUCUGGACAAUAUUUCGCUGAACUGUGUUCGAGAGCUUCAUUGGACCGCACCCCAGGAUUUUUUCUUCCUAGACUGGUUCCCGUUGAAGCCUUCCGACUGUUACGAACGUGUCUUGGAACGCUUCACUAGAUCGCUCGACACGCUCGCCAUAGAUGACAAGACUUCGGUGAGGUACUGUGCCCCAAGAUGCAUCUUAAAUGCGCUUGAAAAUAAUCCUCAUCUUCUUCCGGGCCUGCGGACAUAUCGUCUCGUUGGGUGGAGAAUCACUAAAACUGUCCAGUAUACAGCAUCGACCACCCGGAGCCCAGACGUCGAAAACCACUUUUGA